UUUAAUUGGGAUUCGAUUCGGUUAUCGACAAACAAAAAUAACUUAGGGUUUAAGCACUGCUUUCCUUUGUACUUGGUCUUCCUCACUCCUAAACUAAAACCCUCACAAGUCUCUCCAUUUCUCUUUUGAUCUCCGGAGCUAUAAUCAAGUUCUCCGACCAUGAAAUUGAGAUCUCUUCCAUCUAAAUCUCUUCUCUUUCGCCUCUCUUCUUCCUCCACAACCCAAUCUCCCCGUCGAGCGAUCGCUGUUCUCGUCACCAACCUUCAUUCCUCUCCAUUUUCCACCUCCUCCAGCUCCGGCUCCGGCUCCGGCUCGGGCUCCGGAUCCAACCAUUCUUCUUUAAGACGUAUUCAGCACGAGGAAGAGUCUCGAUCCGUUAGGGUUCCGGUCUGGUGGGACUUACAGGACUGUUCUUUGCCGGUGGGAGCCAAUAUCUACAAAGUAGCACAGCUCAUCACAGCCGCUGUCAGAAACAGCGGAAUCAAAGGUCCUAUCACGAUCACAGCCUUCGGUGACGUUUUGCAGCUCCCCAGAUCAAGCCAAGACGCUCUCUCCGCUACUGGAAUCAGUCUCACUCAUGUCCCUCACGGUGGUAAGAACAGUAAUGAUAGAUCUCUGAUUACGGAUCUUAUGUGUUGGGUUUCCCAGAAUCCACCACCAGCUCAUCUCCUGCUAAUCUCUAGCGACAAGGAAUUCGCAAGUGUGUUACACAGACUGAGGAUGAGCAACUACAACAUUUUGCUUGCGAGCAAAUCGUCUGCGCCUGGUGUUUUGUGUAGUGCUGCUUCGAUUAUGUGGGAUUGGGAUGCUUUGAUCAAAGGAGAGUCUGUUACUGGUAAGUAUUUCAAUCAGCCGCCUGAUGGUCCUUAUAACUCUUGGUAUGGUCACUACAGGGUUCCUCUUCUUGACCCAUUUGCAAUUCCUACCACCACUCAGCAAUCGUCUUGUGUGAAAAUCGAAGAGUUAUCCGAGUCUAGUUCCAGUUCUGAGUCAGUGAAUUCGAAUCCUGUUAACCUUCGUCCCAUUCCGAAAGAGGUUGUUGACAAGAUUCUUAUGGUGGUGAGUUUAUAUCCCAAGGGGGCAUCUAUAACAGAACUACGUGCUGAGCUUACUAAGAGCAACUUGGCUAUUGAUAAAGAUUUCUAUGGACAUAAGAAGUUUUCUAGGUUGCUACUAUCUAUGCCAGAUAUCGUUAAGGUUACUGCCGCAAAUGACGGCAUAUUUAUUAUUCGUGCUGUUGCCAAAAAGACUCCUCCUACACUACUUGAUUCCACUGCUGUUGAUCAGAAGAUUAAAGACAAGGAAACUGCUAAUGCUCUAUCGCCAAAACUAAUUAGUGAUGUAGAACUUUCUGCUGAAACGGAGAAUGAUAAACAUGUCAAAGAAAAAGCACCAGAGAAUUCCCACGAACCCAUUCUGGUCAGCCAGAAUGAUGUCAAGUCAAAUGACAAACUCGUGGAGACGAAUCAAGUCGCUCUUAUUGUGGGGAGUGAUUCAUCCAUGGAAGACGGCUUUUUUCAGAAGCUAAAAAGACUAUGGUAUGGUUCACCUGAGAUGGAAUCAGAGCAUCUCCUAGACAAUAAAAGUGUUUCUGCAAGUGGAGACAAAGACAAAGGGGAUAAGGACUUAAAGUCAUCAAGUCAGGGAACUGAUCCAAUGUCUCAAAUCUCACCUUCCUUCGUUGCUGAGGCUGUGGAGGAGGUUAAAGUAGGUACUGAUGAAGUAGGUAGUAAAGAUAAAGAUGCAAGUCCAGGCUUUUUAGGUCGCCUUUUGAAGAGUUUCAAAUUUUGGGGGGAGAACACGGUGCCUAGCAAAGAAUCUACUGGGAUUCAGGAGCUUGUCAAUGUUGAUUCUCAAGUUCCCGACAUUUUUGCGGAAGAGUCUUUCUGGAGUGAUGUUGAAUCCUUCAUUAAUUCUCCAAGAGGCUUUGCUAUAGUAUCUCACUCAAGGACAAGGGAGGUGAUGGCUAAAAAUCUGCAGGAGGAAGGGCCUUCGUGUCUCAGACAGCUUGAUAAAUCAAGCAUGCUUCAUCUAGUUACCUUAUUAAUAACACACAAGAAAUUGAUCGAAGAAGACCCUUCUUCUUCUCUACCAUUCAGAAUCAUCAAAGGAUCUACCCCUGGCUACCGUCAUGCUUCAAACGGUUUGAGUUCAAUAUUCUCGGAUUGUUCAAAAUCACAGUCGCAGAAACAAGAUGGUGCGAAAAGAGGCAAGAACGUUGCUCAUGCUGGAGUUUCUGUUGGUUCCAUGGACCAAAAGCAGCUGGAAAAAUACAAAAGUAAUGCAGUUGCGGAUUGUCAGAAGCUGAUAAAGAAAAUAACAGAGGAAAAGCCUGAAGGGUAUAACAUGAUUCGUUUCAGGAAAGACUUCUUAGAGGAAUUUGGGUACCAUUUAGCUGUUGACAAGCUCGGUCACGAAAGCCUACAGUCUUUGAUUCAAGUAAUGCCUGGAGUGAGAAUAUCAUCUGGAUACAUUAUUCCUUCAGCUCCUUCACCAAAUGCCAAGUCAAAAGAAGAUCAGUCGGACUCGUCAUUCGAAGAACUCGGUCCAGUUUCUGAAGCAACAACCAACCACCUGACGACCAAAAAGCUUCCAGCGUAUGAACCAUCGCUCUCAGAUGAUGAAGAAGACUCUGGUUCAGAGAGAGGUAGCCAGGAGAAGAAGAAACAAGAGAUGAAUAGAGAAGGUAGAGAGAGCUCGUUAUUGCAAAUCCUGGAUUCUUAUUACACAAAAAAAGAUGAGGAAUAUAAGAAGGAGAACCCAGAGGAGAGAAAGCUUGGAAGCAGCAGUAGAAAGCAAAAGCCUGCGAAGACAUAUUCUUUUGUUAAAGAUUCAGAAGUCCAGUGAGUUAAGCGUAUCACUAGAAAAAAUGAGUUUGUAUAUUAGUGGUAGCAUGUUUUAGUUUUGGUCUAUGGUAAACCGAAUCCGGUUAAGUUAAAAUAAAAUCAAAUUGGUUCACAUUCUCAAA